UCACAAUUCACAAGUUCAUAAACAGAGCCCGACAAUGAAGUUACGGUUGAGACUUCACGAGACGAGAGAAACCUUAAAGCUUGAAUUGGCCGAUACAGGCACACUCCAUGAUCUCCAGCGACGGAUCAAUCCCACAGAGCCUUCCUCCGUUCAUCUAUCGCUUAAUCGUAAAGACGAGCUCCUCGCAUCUUCGCCGGAGGAUACGCUCCGAUCUCUUGGUGUAACAUCCGGUGACCUUAUCUACUACUCUCUCGAUCAAUCUGCUUUUACUUCAUCGGUUCAGGUUGGGGAAUCUUCGAAUUGUGAAUCGGGAGCUUCUCAAUCGGAGAGUAAUCAGGCGGCUGUUCACGAUUCGAUGGGUAUGGGGUACGGAGAGGUUGAUGUUGUCCCCGAUCAAGCGAAACCUAAUCCGAAUUUCAUCGUAGAAGAUCCAGCAGAAGGAUCCAAGGGGGAAAAUUCGGGUAUGGAGGGUCCAGAGCCGAUGGAUGUGGAGCAGCUUGACAUGGAGCUCCCUGCCGCUGAAAGCAAAAGGUUAAGUGAACCAUUCUUCUUGAGAAAGAUAUUGCUUGAGAAAUCUGGUGAUACCAGUGAGUUGACUACUUUGGCUUCGUCGGUUCAUGCUGUUAUGUUAGAAUCUGGAUUUGUGCUUUUCGAUUCCGGGUCUGAUAAGUUUAGCUUUUCGGAGAUGUUACUUACGGCAUCCUUAAAGUACACUCUACCUGAGCUAAUUAAGUCUAAGGAUGCCAAUACAAUCGAGUCAGUUACUGUGAAGUUUCAGAAUUUAGGCCCUUGGGUUGUAGUUUAUGGAACUGUAGGUGGGUCUAGUGUGAGAGUGCACAUGAAUCUUGAUAAGCGUAGGUUUGUGCCCGUUAUUGAUUUGGUUAUGGAUACGUUGAAGUCUGACAAAGAAGGGUCUUCGAGCAUCUACCGUGAAGUGUUCAUGUUCUGGAGUUCGGUAAAAGAUGGUCUUGUUAUCCCGUUGUUGAUUGGUAUUUGCGAUAAAGCUGGCUUGGAACCCCCACCAUGCUUGAUGCGCUUACCAACAGAGCUAAAACUGAAGAUACUAGAGUCGCUUCCUGGCGUGAGUAUUGCAAAGAUGGCUUGUGUUUGUACAGAGAUGCGGUAUCUAGCUUCGGACAAUGACUUGUGGAAACAGAAAUGCUUGGAAGAAGCUAAGAGUUUCCUGGGGACAGAAGUGGGUGAUUUGGUUAAUUGGAAGGCAAGAUUUGCUGAUUUUUGGAGGCAUAACCAGCUUGCUGCUACUUGGAGGCAGACACAUCAUGCAAGAAGGAACGUUUCCACGGGAAGAAGCCCCAUGCGAUUCCCUUGGAUUAUUGGAGACCCCCCUUUCACAUGGUUUAAUGGGGAUCACUUGCAUGGACCCAUAGGUAUUCACCCAGGACAACCAGCACGUGGGCUUGGUGGAAGAACUUGGGGUCAGCGCUUUACUCCCAGAUGCAACCAUGGAGGAAUUAACUAGCAAACAUCCUGCUGAGAAAAUGGAACUGGUGUGAAUCUGUUGAAGGUAGGAGAAAUAGGUGUUGUAUAUGGCUUUUCCGAUAUCAGCAAAUAAAUGGGCAGGAAACUAAUAUGUUCGAUACUUGAAAAGUUUCUUUGGUUUUAAAUGAUGUUCUCUUCUUUUUGCAUAUUUAUGCUAUGGUUGCUCUUUUAUGAGUUUUUUUUACAAGUAUAAGUACAGUAUAACAUGGCUUCUUGUUUUAUAAAGAAACAUUACUUCCUAUAUAUUGUCAUCAUUGCUCUCAGA